CUCACUUACCACUGUGCUGAAUUCUCAUCCAUCACAAUGAGCAACAAAUUCUUAGGCACCUGGAAACUUGUCUCCAGUGAGAACUUUGAUGAUUACAUGAAAGCUCUGGGUGUGGGAUUAGCCACCAGAAAACUGGGAAAUUUGGCCAAACCAAGAGUGAUCAUCAGCAAAAAAGGGGAUAUUAUAACAAUAAGAACUGAAAGUACCUUUAAAGAUACAGAGAUCUCCUUCAAGCUAGGCCAGGAAUUUGAAGAAACCACAGCUGACAAUAGAAAAACAAAGAGCGUUGUAACUUUGGCAAGAGGCUCGUUGAAUCAAGUACAGAAAUGGGAUGGCAAAGAGACAACAAUAAAGAGAAAGUUGGUGGACGGAAAAAUGGUAGUGGAAUGUAAGAUGAAGGACGUGGUCUGCACCAGAAUUUAUGAGAAGGUCUGAGAAAGUUGUUUCCUCAUUGAAGUGAUAUUUGAUCAUUUGAUGUUGGAAAUCAGCUAUUUCCAUUGGCGAGGCCUGACUACCCUGCACUUCGUUUGUUUUCGCUUUUGUCUUACUAGAUCAGAUCAGCAAAGGCCUAAACUGAGGAUUAAUCUAAAUUUCAGUGUUAUUUAAACAUUUUCAAUGUGUAUGCACGUCAUUACUGUAUUAAAGAUUAAAGUGUGUAUAUUGGUCAGACCUAAAGAAUGGAUAAUGUCAUUUAAUUAUCUGUGAAGUUCUAACUUAUGUUGUAUUUUAAAUAUUUGAAAUGAUAGUAAAAGGAAGUAAAUAUAUUGAUUGGGGUAGCAAACUCAAAUG